AUGGCCAGAACAAAGAUCCCAGCUAUACCAUCUACGAAAACACAACAACCUGAUGGUUAUGUUUCUCGGCAGGUAGAAGUCCGCUUGAGGGACUCUAGUGAUUCUGGUGCUGGGCCUAGUAACAAACGACCAAGCGAUGAGGCAACAAAGAGUCACACCAAGAAGAAGAAGCAACGGACUGUACAGUCAAAUCAAAUCAUCUUGGAUAAGAAGUGCAGUCCGACUUCAGUCAUCGAGAUUGUGGAGGCGGGUAUUUCAGCUGAGAGACAGGCUCUUAUCAAGAAGCUUGGACUAAGUUGUGUGCUUAAUUUGAAGAUGAAACAGUUUAACAGUUCGUUGCUGUGUUGGAUUACUAGGCUAUUCAAUGAGGAGACAAUGUCGAUAGCUAUGCAGGAUGGGGGGCAGCUUACCUUUACCGUGGAAGAUGUCCAGCGGAUCUAUGGUCUUCCCCGUGGUCCAAAGAUGGUGCCGGAAAUUGAUUCACACCAUGAGAAGGAACUACGAGACACCCUACCGGGCAUGGAUGAGGCAGCUGUCGGUAGGUACAAGCUGUGGAAUUUGAGGAAAAAGCUUAGUACAGUGACGGAUGACAAACUAUGGAUCUGUAUUUUCAUGAUGACGUGCUUCGGUUACCUAUUUAACCCCAGCACAGCCAGCGUGGGGCAAGCGUCGAUACUCGAGUUUCUGAAGGACGAUGAGCUAGCUGAGUUUGUCGAGUAUGAUUGGUGCUAUUACUUGUGGGACUGCGUGAGGAGAGCCUUCAUUGUUAACCGCAAAAGAAGCUAUACCAAUGGCAAUCUGCAUGUCCUGGUGGUGUGGUUCCUUGAUAGGACUACAGACAGCUUGCAGCUCACCACAGAUGUCCCGUCUUGCAAGUUAUGGGACACCUCGGCCUGUAGAAAACGUAGUCGAGAAUUGCUUCGCCAGUAUGGUAUGUUUGGUGCUGUCCCAUACAUCCAGCUUGAUCCUUCGCCCCUCCAGGAACGGCCGAAAGAAACCUAUGUCAAGAAGGAAAAGGCGGCACAUAAUACAACAAAGGGCAAAGGAAUAGCUUCCUCUAGAACUGCUCCCCCCAUCUCCACAUCUGCUAUGGGAGUUCUUGACAUUUCUCAAAUGGGACUGCUAGAGGUGACUGCCCUUAAGCAGGGAUACCUCGACCUUUCCUCUACUAUCGCUUCGAGGAUAACAGAGUGCGAUGCUCGCAUAACUAAACUCCAUGCUACGGAUGCUGAGCCAAUUGAUAUUGCAGAAGAUGAGGGAGACGACAAUGAUGAGGUCGAUGGUGAUGACGAGGACAAGGAUGGGUCUGACCUUGCUGAUGAUGAGGGCGAAGAUGGGUCGAGUGAGAAUGAUGAAGAUGGUGGUGAUGAAGACGUUCAGGUCCAACCCAAAUAUAAACGUAGAUUCGACUCCCCCCAAUUCAUUGCCGUAGUCGUUCAUGGUGGUGGCGGCCGUCGCCGUCGCGUUGCUGGUAUCUUCCAUAGCUAG